AUGACGGAUAGUGCGACAAUCACUCGCGAAAUACAUCGAGAGACAAUGGAUACAGGCCGGCUCACUGUGAUUCCGGACAUGGCCCUGGAAUCAGAUUCUAUGAAGAGAAACGGAUAUGACACUGUCUACCCGCCGAAUUACGUUUCCAAACCUCGGCUUACCUCAAUAAAUGCAUUGGUCAUGGAUCCUCUGCUUAAUGCAGCACUCGAAACUCGCCUCGUUAUUUCUGACGGAAAAAACAGUACCAUUGGUAGUAACAGCACCAUCCGAAAGCGCAUUGACUCUGGUGGCGUGGAGCUCAAAAGGAAGACGAAAAGCAUGGCGUUCAUCAAACACAUUGAUAUACCCCCUCUCGAACAUUCUUACAGUCACAUACAGAGUUUGGAGAACCCUGAGGAUUCGAUCGGUGGCCCUAGAAGCUGGCCUGAGAUAUCCGUCUACGAUGAGGGCAGCUGGGACGUUUGCGUGGACUGUAGUGAUGUGGAUGACGUCCAGUUGUGA